AUGGUUGCGCAGUCGUUGGCCUCGCUGUUGCAGCAGGCGACGAUUGACGAUCAUGAAGAAGUGCUUCAAUCCUGCAAUGCCGUCCUGUCCAAGUCCCAAUCUGAUCUGGAUGCCCAGCACAUCAAAGUGGUUGCCCUCCUAAAAUUGGAUCGCUUUGAGGAUUGUGUGCGCGUGGUGGAGGCAGGAGGCGAUGCACUCAAGAAGAGAGCCGGUCUGGAAUAUGCAUACGCCUUGUACAAAAUUGGAAAGUUGGAGGAGGCCACUGCCGCCGUGGCUCGAGCAGCUGCUAGCAGAGGGACCAGCCAUCUGAAGGCACAAGUGAGCUACCGCGCCGAACAGUUCCACCGAGCCGCCGAGAUCUACGAAACCUUGUCACAAGAUAGGAGCGAUGAGCAAAAUGACUUGAAUAUCAACGCGUGGGCUACCGAUGCCCAGCUGCAGUGGAAGGGACAACCGGAAUUUGUGCGCCAUGACCGACUGUCAAGGGAAGAGCUGGAGUCAUUCGAGACGGCCUAUAAUGCCGCCUGCUUGAAUAUUGCCAAGGGGGCCCUUGGACAAGCCGAAGUGCUCCUGUCACGCGCUAAAAACGUUUGCCGGACAUCGGAGGACCUCACCCCCGAAGACCGAGCUGCCGAGCUUUUGCCUAUCGCUGUCCAGCAGUUGUAUGUCCUGAACCGACUGGGGAAGACGGAGGAGGCCGAGUCAGUCCUUCAGGAAAUCAGUGUGGAGGAUAUCCCCGAACUCUCGACGAAGAAGAUUGCGCGGAAUAACAUUUUUUUGGCUCGCCAGACGACGAUUAACCCUUACAUCCUCUACAAGGCCCUCCACGAGACCCCAGAUGCCAUCAACAAUGACCGGCUAUUUGAUUUCCAGAGUCAUGAUCUGGCGGGUAACUCACACGCUGCGGAUCUUUUUGUGCAGAAAUACGACGGUAUGAUCCGGUCCACAGCUAAGGGCCUUGCACAAAGCCCAUGUCCCUCCGUCGAGGCCACCCCCAACCUCCUGUCCGUCUACAACGCCGCGGCCCACGCACAAGGGCAAACCGGCCCGAAAGCUUUGAAACAGAUCCUGCCACUGUUGGAACGGAGGCCUAAAGAUUUGGGCCUGCUCCUGACGGUGGUCCAACUUUACGUCAGCGUGGGCAACACCACCUCUGCCAUCACAGCUGUGGAGCGCUCGCUGCACAGCCUCGAGGAAUCCAUCUCCGAAGCCGACCAAGACGCUCGCUUUAACCCAGGCCUUCUCAGUGUUCUGGUGUCAUUGUAUCAGCUUGAGGGCCGCAAGGUCCAGAUCCGCUCCACCCUCGCCCAAGCGGCCUCGUACUGGCGCACCAAGCCCGAGCCGCCGUCUGACCUGGCCACCGCCCGCGAUCUCUUCCGCUCCUUGCACCAGAAGGAUCCUAAGGACCGUAUUGCAGUCGCCGGCUACGUCGCGUCGCAGGCCACGCUGGACUACUCGCAGGUGGAGUCGCAGAUCGACCAACUUCCUGCCGUCAGCGAGCUUAUCGCUGGCGUCGACAUCUCUGCCUUGGAGUCCGCGGGUAUUUCUCCUUCCGCCUCCUCGGCUGCCGCUGCAGCCGCCGCUUUCGCUGGGGCUCGGAAGCGCACGGCAGCCGGCAAGGAAGACCGCGCUGCCAAGCGCGUGCGCAAGUCCCGUCUGCCCAAGGAUUAUGACCCCAACAAGAAACCCGACCCCGAGCGCUGGCUUCCUCUGCGUGACCGCUCGUCCUACCGCCCCAAGGGCAAGAAGGGCAAGCAGCGCGCUGCUGAACGCACCCAGGGUGGUGUCGUCACGGAAAAGACCGAGGAGGCUGCGAGCCAACAACAGAAGUCCUCUGGUGGCGGAGGGGCCAGCUCCAAAAAGAAUAAGAAGAAGGGCAAGCGGUGA